CAUAUGGAAAUGAAUGACACGCUGGCCGAAGGUCAGCAGCCAGCGAGCACCAGCACCAGCACCAGCAGCAGCAGCAGCAGUGCCAGUGGCAACAGCUGUGACAAUGUGCAACAAACAACAACAACAACAACAACAGCAUCAACAAUUGUCGUUGUCAAUGUGAAGGAAGCAAUCGUUGAGAGUCAAGCAUAUCCAGAAACAGAUCCGGAGGCGGACGCCGAGGAUGAGGCGCAGCCAUUGAGCGAACGCUGGUCACCAUUGGGCGCCAACUAUGAUGAUGCCAACACCGCCAGCUCAGAGCUGAUGACGAGUGGCGGCGACUGUGCCGAGCUGGAUGAGCCACAGUUGCUUGGAUGCCAGACACUGGACAAGCCGCCGCCGCCGCCGAUGGCGACAGUGGUCACAGCUGGCGCGGAUAAUGCCAGCGAAUUGGCACGUUUGCGCAGCAUUGAGGAGGAGCAGGAGCUGCUAACCAGCUCACUGUUGGCAUUGACCUCACAGUUUGCGCACGUCCAGCUGCGCGUGCGACAAAUUGUUGAGGCGCCCACAGAUGAGCGAGAUCAAUUGUUGCGUGAUCUAGAGGAUUUCGCCUUUCAGGGCAUACCGGAGGUGGCGCAGCCCAAUAACGACAAUGGCACUGAUGAAAUGCAGGGGAAGACGGCACCACCCGAUGGCCAGCUGAUCGAGCAGCUAAAGUCACAGCUAACGGAGCUGGAGCAAUUGGCGUAUGAUUCUGGUGCGCCGGGCGUAUUGCCGCAGCAUGUGCUGCUCGAGAAGCAAAAGUUCAUACUGGACGAGCUGCGCACCAAGCUCAAUUUGCAGGUGGAGCAGCAUCAGCUGCCCGCACUAAGCACCGAACAGCUGCGCCAUCAGGUGGACAAUGCCAUUGGCGAGUUUGUGGGCCCGCUCAAAAUGAAGGAACAGCUGGUGGCACAGCUCAAAACGCAAAUCACCGAUCUGGAGCGUUUCAUUGCCUUUCUGCAGUGCGACACCGCCGGCGGCAGCGGCACCACCAGCGCCAGCGACAAGCUAAAGCUACUUAGUGGUGCCUACAAUAGCUAUGCGGCCAAGCAGACAGCCCGCCAGAUCCCCGCCCAGCUGCCCGUGAUGGCGACCACAUCCGCAGCAACAGCAGCGGCAGCCAACAGCAGCAGCCGCAUGACUGCAGCAGCCGGAGCAUCCGGCACGGAGCAUGAACCUCGACGCGAAAGCCUGCACAGCAAGGCGCACGGACUGCUUGACAAGGCAUCGCUGCUGAUGCAAAUGUUUGCCACAACCCAUUUCGCCAAGCGACAAGCGCACUUUCAGCAGAACUCGCUGAAGAAAACGCACAAGGGCAACCACUGGGGGGAUCUGCGCGCACAGCUGGAGGUGGACAUCCAGGAGGUAGCCGCAUUGGCCGCCACACUAAGCUGCGAUCGCCAGAAGUUGGCCAAUAUCAAGCGUGCGCUGCGCCAGCAACAGCAGCUGGCGGCGACCAAUGCCAACAAUGCAAGCGGUUCGAUUAAUGCACAAAAUGGGGCAUUAACCACUUUGCCGCCGCGAUGCAGGCGUGCAGUUGCCAACGCCGCCGGCCACGAGCUGGCGCCUUAUGCGGCAAGCGCAGCGGCUGCCGCCUCAUCUGACUCGGAUGAGGAUAUUUACGAUCGGUAUGACUGGGACAAGGACAAGUCUAUGGGCCGACGCAUUGUGCAUAUGCGCGGCGAUUCCAUAGCCACCAUCGGACGCGAACUGACCAGCGUGGUGCGCAAGAACUUUGCGCGCACAUUGCAGCAGCUCAUCCAGCACGGACUGCGCAUACCGGCCGAAUCGGCGGCCACCAGCCUGAUGGUGCCCUUCAUGCGCUGCCUGCAGCCGGGCGCACAGCGUGUGGCGGCGGGCGCGGCGCCAGAGAUGCAAUUUCUUGGCAUAGGUCGUGACAUGCACGCCUGGGAGCUGAUACUCGAGUACUAUAAUCUAAAGCAUGGCGAGGAGUACAACAAUACUCCGGCCCGAAAGCUAUCCCAAAGCUUCCAAUUGGAUAUUGUGGAUGCACAAGUGGUAACGGCCAAGCAGAGCCUGCUGAGCGCCAUUGGCAUGAUCCUGGCCAUGCAUCGGCCCUACAAACGCAGCUACAACGCCCAUUUCAAAGCAUUAAUCUGUGCCGGACUUAACGCACAUCUUCUGGUGGAGUGGCUCAAUCUGAUACUCAGCUGCAACGAGCUUAUUGAUACAUACUAUACGUCGAAUAGCUAUGUGGCAUGCACGGGAUUCCGCGACUCGCUGCGCUCUAUUGAUGCGCUGUCCAAGUUUGAUUUCGAUUUGCCCGUGGAUCUGGCCAUACGGCAUUUUCGCAAUAUCUAAACUGAUUGGAUCGAUCGAUCGACUAUGGCAACUCGUAAUUUUUGUUCUCCCUUCAAAGCUAGUCCAAGUCAUAAAUCUUAAUGUAUAAAUAUGUGUAUAUAACUUUAGAUAUGUCCAAUUAACUAAUACCUACUAAAUACAAUUACUAAACCUAA